AUGGGUUCCCCAACGACGGUCAACCAAGUGGAGCACGCCGCAUCUAUGUCAGACGCCAAUCUCGGCCUCGUCAUCCAACAGCAGGAGAAGAACCGCACGUGGACGCAGGCGCUGCGCAAGGACCCCCGUCUCCUAUUCUGGUGCGGCGUGAUGCUCUGGACGCUGAUCGUGCGCGGAUUCGAGAGCCAAGCAUCCGGGUCGGUGGUGAGCAUCCCCUCUUUCAAGAGACAGUUUGGCGAGCAGGACGCGUCCUCGCCGUCGGGCGCCUACUUCAUCUCGACCAGGUGGCUGUCCGCGCUUUCGGGGGGCGCGUCGGGAGCCAGCAUCGCCGGGUCGUGGGCGGGCUCGUACCUGGCCGACCGGGUGGGCACCAGGACGACGCUGGUCGGGUUCGCGUGCCUCAACGUCGCAUCGGUCGGCGUCGAGUUCGCGGCCACGUCGGUGGGCAUGUACUUUGGCGGCAAGAUGGCCAACGUUGUCGCCGUAGGCGCCUUCCUGACCGUGUGCACGAGCUACGUCUCCGACGUGGCGCCGCUGGCCGCGCGCGCCACCCUCAUCGGCUUCUGCAACCUGGCGCAGUGCAUCGGUCCGCUCCUCGCCGCCGUCAUGGCAAACUACACGGCCGCCUGGGACACGGCCUGGGCCUGGAAGGCCAUCAUAGCCGCUCAGUGGGGCUUCGGCGGCGCCGCCCUCGUCGGCCACGUCUUCAUGCCCGAGUCGCCCGUGAACCUCGUCACCAGGGGCAAGAUCGACACCGCUCGCCACUCUCUGCGGAGGCUGUACACCGACCCGCGGGACGCAGAGGGCCACCUCCGACGCAUCAUGCUCACGCUCGACGAGGCCGAGAACGGCGGAGCCCGAAAUUCGUCGUCGUAUGCAGACUGCUUCCGCGGCACCAACCUUCGCCGCACACUCAUCGCCAUUCUCGUCUUCCUGGCCGAGCCGAUGUCAGGCCUGGGCUUCGUGUCCAACUACGGCGCCCUGAUGUACCAGUACCUGGACUACAGCGACGCGCAGUCGUUCCGCCUCCAGAUAGGCGCGCAGGUCCUGUCCAUCUCCGGCGCCGCCAUCGCGCUCCUCGUCUCCGACUUCUGGGGCCGCCGGCCGAUGUUUAUCGCCGGCUGUGCCGGCCUCUGCCUCCUGCUCAUCUGCAUGGCCGUGUCGGGCAUCUUCGCCACCAGGGCCGCCGUCACCGCCUCCGUGGGCUUCUACACAAUGUUCAACUUCUUCUACAACGUCGGCGUCGGUUCCACCGUGUACGCCAUCGCCGGCGAGGUCCCCACCUCCCUCCUGCGGCCCAAGACGCUCGCCGUCGCCAUAUCCAUCUCCAGCGCCUUCAACACCUUCUGGUCCUUCGUCUCGCCGUACAUGUUCAACCCAGACUACGGAAACCUCAAGGCCAAGAUCGGCUUCGUCUUCGGCGCUAUCAUGUUCCUCUUCAUCAUCCUCGGCUUCUUCUUUGUACCCGAGACCAGGCUGAGGUCGUAUGCCGAAUUGGACGAGCUGUUUAUCAAUCGUGUACCUACCAGGCAGUUCCGGGCGUACGUCACCGUCACAGAACAGAGGGCUACCGAGGCGUACGACGAGGAAACCAAGACUGACAAGGGUGAUGCCGCAUAG